AAAUAUUAAAAGAUAAAAAACAAACCACAAAAUGAAUUUCAAUAAAUUAUUUGUAUUUAUUGCCUUGGUUUUGGCUGCUGUUUGUAUUGGGCAAAGUGAAGCUGGAUGGUUGAAAAAGAUUGGCAAGAAAAUUGAACGUGUUGGUCAACAUACCCGUGAUGCUACAAUUCAAACUAUUGGUGUGGCACAACAAGCUGCUAAUGUUGCUGCAACAUUAAAGGGCUAAGGCAUUAAAAAUCUGA